AUGCCUAUAACUCUGGACAGAAGGCCUAUGGGCACUUAUCCUUUUGGGGCUUUUCAUACCUCACUGGGGUCUAUCUUUCACACUGAAUUCGAACUCAAAAGCGAUUGGACAGUUGAAAAGGUUCCCUCGUUAGCUUUUCUAAUAUUUCUUUUGUGAAAAUAUAAGUAUAUAUAUAUAUAAACAAAAUUUGCUCUGACUUCAGCAUAAAAAUGCAUCCGUAAGAUAUUGAGUAAAUAUUCGAUGUCGUGCAUUGAACAUAUUUUUCCAAGUUAUCUAAUUGAUGAACUACAUACAUCUGUUUUUUAAAUAUUGAAACAUUCUAAAAUUAGUGCAACAAAUCUCUUAUGAUAUUUUGACAAAAAAACGCGCUGACUUUUGUUUUUUUUUUAUGAGUGGAUUUGAAUGAAAUUUUUUCUUUUUCUUCUUUGUUUUCCAUAUAUUCAUUGUGAUUGUCUCGAAUUUAUUAAUAAUCAAUCCAUAAACGAAUGUUUUAUACAACAAAUUACAAAUCAUGAUAUAGAUAUACAUAAUUAUUAUUCGGAAUGUUUACAAUGUAAAAUUCAAACAUUAAUUCAAUAUGAAAAUUUAAAAUUUGAAGAAAAUAAUCAAUGUUUAACAAUUAUACUACAAUGUAUACAAUUAAUAUUUAAUAAUAAAGAAAUAUUUGAAGAUUUUUUUCAAUAUCAUCAACAAUUUAUAUAUGAUUUAUUUAAUAAAAAUAAUGGUACACAUCAAAAUACAUUACAUAUAAUAAUAAAAGAAAAUACAAUUGAAGAAAUUAAUCGUAAUUAUAUUGAAAAUAUAUUUCAAUUAAAAUAUCAAUCUUAUCGUGCAUUAUUUUUUGAAUUACAUAUUAAAAAUCAAAUUAUUAAAAUAAAUCAAAAUCUUAUUGAUAUAACACGUUUAUCAAUUAAAAUAAUACUUGUAUGUGGAGAUAAUAUAAAACCAUUACAAACUAUUUAUAUGAUUCAUAAUCAUAAAAUAACAUUAGAAAGUCAACAAGAUUUAUGUUUACCUAUAUUUAUUCCAUUAAC